GUACGCAUAGAUUUAGAUAAUUGGAUAGGCUGCUGUUUAUUAUUUCUUCCUCUCUUUGCACAAAGUCCGAUUCUAACGCGGACGAAGUCGCUGGCAGAAGCUAGUGUAAAAUAAGAGAUAUAAAUUCCCGUUGUAUGCGGUAAAUAUUCAUCCUCAUUGCACCAAACGCAAAUGACGUGUAACUUGUUACAAUAAUGACGCACUGGCUGCUUACAGAAAACCAAAAUUAAAUGUCUAGACAUAGACGAGGCGGCUGUCAGUAGCCGGAAUUUUCAAGGUUCGGAACAAUGUGGGUGAGGAUCCUCUGCGUGGUGGUGGUGGCGAGCAGCGCGCUGGGCAAGGAGGACGCGCUGCUGGACCCGCUGUUCGGCGCGGAGGGGCGGAACAAGGUGGACAUCUGCGUGGGCACGCCCGGCGGCCGCGUGCGCCGCUGCCAGGGCGCGCUCUACAACCGCGAGUGGGUGGUGGCGCGCGCCGGCUGCCUGCGCAGCGCCGCCAGCCACAGCAUGGCCAUCGAGCGGCCCUCCGCCGGCGGCAGCUGCGACCACGUCCUUGCCGGGAACCCCGGCGUGUACCGGUCCCGCGAAGUGCGACACCACGUGAUGCACCCGUGGUUCGAUCUGGCCAUAGUGAUCGCGAAAACACCUUAUAAUAACCUGGAAAAGCUCUCCAAUGCCACAGAAAUCCGCCUUAAGCUGAAGCACCAUGGUGUGUACAAGUGGAUGAAACAUUACUUUGACGCCUUUGCCCUAACUCGCGACCAUGGAUAUCACCUGAAUAGAAUUUCCCGAAAUUUAAAGACAUACCACCAUCCAUUCUGGUAUUUCUUUGUAACGAUGGUCCUGCCCAGCGUGCUGUUCAUGUUAGUCUUUAUAUAUGUUACAUUCUACACAGGGACCCCUCAAGAGGUUCCUUAUAAGAAACUGCGUUAUUCUAAGAAAGUAACUUCUAUUUAAUAUGUAUUGAAUAAUAUAGUUGUUUCAUAA